CCCGCGCGCUCCCAUUGGCUGCGGCGCUCGAGGGCGGGGCCCCGGCGCGGCCCCUCCGUGCUCCCCCCGCUGCCCCGCGCGGGGGUUCCGCCGCCCGCCAGGCCCUGGGCGCAGGAAUCCCAAGAGGAAUCCGUAAAUCCCGGGAUUUUUGCCUCUGGAAGCUCGAGAUGCGUUAGAAUUCCAAGAAUUCCCAGAUUUCCCUUGUCCUGAGGAAUGCAGCCCCAUGCGCUGCCUGGCCCGCCUCAGCUCCAAGGCUCUCCUGGUGCUCUGCUCCCUGCUGGCUCUGCUCUCGCUGCUGCUCUGGACCCGCUGCUCCCAUCGCCCCCGGCCCCCUCCCGGCCCCCCGGAGCGCCCCGGCAUUCCCGACAGCGAGGAGGCCUCGCCCCAGGACGCGCCGGGAAUGGCGGGAAGCGCCGGGAGAGCGGCGGGGCCGCGCUACGAGGAGAUCGACUGUGUCAUCAACGAGGAGCACACGGUGAAGGGGCGGCGCGAGGGCGGCGAGGUGUUCCUGCCCUUCAGCUGGGUGGAGAAGUACUUCCAGGUGUACGGGCGGAUCGCCCAGGCCGACGGCGGUGAGAGGUUCGAGUUUUCCCACAGCUAUUCCAAGGUCUACGCCCAGCGCGCUCCGUACCGGCCCGACGGCGUCUUCAUGUCCUUCGAGGGCUACAACGUGGAGCUGCGCGACAGGGUCAAGUGCAUCAGCGGCGUGGAAGGAGUUCCUCUCUCCACGCAGUGGGGCCCUCAGGGCUACUUCUACCCCAUCCAGAUCGCCCAGUACGGGCUGAGCCACUACAGCAAGAACCUGACGGAGAAGCCGCCCCACGUGGAGGUGUACGAGACGGCGGGGGACGGGAAUAACGGGAACAACGGGAAUAACGGGAACGGGGAGUGGACGGUGCCCAAGGGCUGCUCCCUCACCACCGUCUGGGACAAGUCCCGGCUCACCGGAGUCAAGCAGUUCUCCUGCCCAGAAAGCUCCGAGGGCGUCUCCCUGGAGCUCAACAACGGCCGGGAUUUCAUCAUCUCCUUCGACCUGAAGCUGCUGAGCAACGGCAGCGUGUCCGUGGUGCUGGAGACCACGGAGAGGAACCAGCUCUUCACCGUGCACUACGUGUCCAGCACGCAGCUCAUCGCCCUCAGGGACAGGGACAUCUUCUACGGCAUCGGAGCGCGCGGCAGCUGGAGCACGCUCACCCGGGACCUGCUGACGGAUCUCCGCAAGGGCGUGGGGCUCUCCAACACCAAGGCGGUGAAGCAAACCAAGAUCAUGCCCAAGAGGGUGCUGCGCUUGGUGGCCAAAGGCCGCGGCUUCCUGGACAACGUCACCAUCUCGGCCACCGCCCACAUGGCCGCCUUCUUCGCCGCCAGCCGCUGGCUGCUGCGCAACCAGGACGAGCGCGGCGGCUGGCCCAUCAUGGUCACCAGGAAGUUGGGAGAAGGCUUCAAAUCCCUGGAUCCGGGCUGGUACUCGGCCAUGGCGCAAGGCCAGGCCAUGUCCACGCUGGUCAGGGCCUACCAGCUGACCAAGGAGCCGGCGUUCCUGGGCGCGGCGCUCAGGGCCACGGCGCCCUUCAAGCUGCCGGCGGAGCAGCGCGGCGUCAAGGCGGUGUUCAUGAACCGGCACGAUUGGUACGAGGAGUACCCCACCACGCCCAGCUCCUUCGUGCUCAACGGCUUCAUGUACUCCCUGAUCGGCCUCUACGACCUGAAGGAGACGGCCGGGGAGAAGCUGGGCAAGGAGGCGCGGCUGCUCUACGAGCGCGGCAUGGAGUCGCUCAAGGCCAUGCUGCCGCUCUUCGACACCGGCUCGGGCACCAUCUACGACCUGCGGCACUUCAUGCUGGGCACGGCGCCCAACCUGGCGCGCUGGGACUACCACACCACGCACAUCAACCAGCUGCAGCUGCUGGGCUCCAUCGACGACGCGCCCGUCUUCAAGGAGUUCGUCAAGAGGUGGAAGAGUUACCUGCGGGGAGGGCGGGCCAAGCACAACUGAGCUCUUCCCCCGUCCUUCCCGCGGUUUUCCACGGGUCCUUCCCAAAAACGCGGGGCCUUAAAACUGCUCCGGGGAGGGUUUGGGAUCGGGACGCUCUCCCGCGUUGAGGUUGAGGUUGGGUUUUGUUGGGAUUGGUUUUGCCUUUUCCAAGGAAAGCGUUUGCAGAAGCCAUAGAAGUCUUGGAAGCGCGGUCGCUGCCUGGAGAGCUCAUCCAGGGCCUCUUAAACCGGGAUUUUGUGUCCGUGUUGGAGCAGAUCCCGUGGGAUGAGCGCCGUCCACGGGAAUCACUCGGAGCCUGGGAGUGCGAAUUGUGGCUUUAAAGUGGGGGGAGGGUUUCCUAGGGAUUCGCUUUUUUGGGAUGAAAAAUCCGCGGUUGGAAUUUUUUGCCAGUUCUCUGCCCGGAGAUCCUGGAGCUGGAGGGUUUCUUCAUGGAAAACACGUGCCCGGCAUCAUGGAAGCACAACUGGGAGCCUGGAGCACACAGCCCCGGGCCACCAGCACCCGUGUCCCCUCGGAGCUGGGAUCCCUAAUCCUGGUGUCCCCUCGGAGCUGGGAUCCUUAUCCCGGUCACUGGAAUUCCCUCGGAGCUGGGAUCCUUAUCCCCGUCACCGGUGUCCCCUCAGAGCUGGGGAUCCUUUUUCCUGGAGCUCUGUGUUUUCUGUGGGAUUUUGGGAUUCCAUCUGGGAGGUUCCCCAGAACAUUGGGGGCAUUUUCGGGAAUUGCUGAGCGGGAUGUGGAGCUCGUCCGGAGUUCCUCAGGAAAUUCAAAAAUUCGGGAAUUUUCAUUUUUCUCCUGCUCCACCCCAUCCAGCAUUUUAACAAUUCCAUCCCAGAGGUUUUUCCAGCUCUCCCUGGGCUGGAAUUCCCAGAGAAGCUGUGGCUGCCUCUCGAUCCCUGGAAUGUCCAAGGCCAGCUUGGAGCAGCCUGGGACAGUGGAAGGUCCCUAUGGAAUGGGAUGAGCUUUAAGGUCCUUCCCUCCAAAGCAUUCCGUGAUUCCAUGAACCCACCGGCUGCCUGAUCCCGAACUCAAGGAUGGACUUUGGGAAUUCCCACUGCUUCCAUUCCAUGGUGGAGCUGAUCCCAAUCCCAAAAUCCCAGGCACAAGGACAACACCCAUCUCCAUCUUUUUAUUGCUUUCAAUUUUUGAGGCUUUUCCUUCAUUUCUCACCGAUCUUGGAGCGACUUUUUCCCAGCUUUAAUCCGCACGCUCCGGUCGGAUCCAUCCAUCUGAUGGAUGGCAGAGGAGAAAUUCCAAUACCAAAGGUAGCAGAGGGGAAUUUUUUCCAUGCCCAUGGAAACUCAACAGACACAAACCCACCCCAAGCCUGGGAUUCCUUCCCAAAAAUCUGCUCCAUCCUCCCCUUGCGUGUUCCUUCCAUAGUUUUCCCAGUUGGAAAACCCGGAGAGCCUCCUUGGGUGCUGCUGCAGGAUGGUGUUGGUGCCUUACAGAGGCCGGAAUUCCUCUUGAUUGGGUUUUUUGGGAAUUGAUGCCGAUGGUGGGGUUGGAGUGCAGCCGAUUUUCCCGCUCCGGAAGCGCGGGAUGGGCGUUCCAAGGUUGUCCCUCCUGUCCCACCUCUCAUCCUUCCAUCACCUUCUGGUGGCCUUAGACAGGUGGAGCUUCCAGGAAUCCCCAGAGGCUGUAAAUCCAUGGAGAAUCCAUGGGGAUAUUCCUGAUAUUGCCUGAAUUCCAUUGUGCAUUGGAAGAGGAUCCUUGACCAUGGAGCCGAUCCCCAGAACUUCAUGGAAUUCAUUCCAAUUUGGGAUCUUUUUGUUCAUUUUCCAUCUUCAAACUCCCAAAGAUCUUUGGGACCAAGAUCAGCUUUGGUCCCAGAUUUUCCUCUGGAGAUCCAUUGGCUCUUCCCAUGGGAUCCUUUCUCCUUGGACACCGCUGGAAGUUUGGGAUGGGCAUUCCAAGGUUGUCCCUCCUGUCCUUCCAUCACCUUCUGGUGGCCUUAGCACAGGUGGAGCUUCCAGGAAUCUCCACCAGAGGCUGCAAUUCCAUGGAGAAUCCAUGGGGAAUUCCUGAUACUCCUUAAAUUCCAUUGUGCAUUGGAAGAGGACCCUUGGCCAUGGAGCCGAUCCCCAAAACUUCUUGGAAUUCAUUCCAGUUUAGGAUUUCUUUGUUCAUUUCCAUCUUCAAACUCCCGGAGAUCUUUGGGACCCAGAUCAGCUUCGAUCCCAGAUUUUCACCCGGAGAUCCGCUGGCUCUUCCCAUGGGAUCCCCUCUCCGUGGCUCCCCCACCCCAACAACACAAGCACAACCCUCCCUGGGAUCCAGGCGUUCCCUGGAAUCCAGGCAUUCCCUGGAAGCCGCUCAUUCCCGUUCUCCUCCUCCCCGGGCGUGGCUUGGCUGGGAUUUUGUUGGAUUUUCCGGGAUUUUCCCGAGGAUCCCGAUGGAAAAUAUGCAAUAAUUUGUUUACAGGAUGCUCCGGGCAGGGCGCUCCUUUAAGCACAAUGUGCACAGGAUAGUUUUGUAUUCCGCCCCUCCGGAAUUUUUGGUGGGAAGAGGUUCUCCUACGUUUCUAUGGGACAUUGGGAAUGCUUGGAAAGCUUUCUAAGAC